AGAAUAUGAAUUGUGAACUGAUAAGACUGCGCCGCGCCGUACACCACUUGAAGCUAAACAAAUCAAUACAUUACUCAAAUAUUGGCUAGAAGGAAAUAUGCCGAAAUUGAGACGUUUACAAGUUAACUGCACUGGAAAUGUUAAUUCAUACGAUGAACUAUUGGAAGGAAUUGAUCAUUCGGCAUGGGAUCCAAAUCGUAGACCUCGAUAUUUCAGUUAUGGAAUUGAGAAAUUAAACUGUAAAACUGGAAGAGGUUUCGAACGAAGCGAUGGUAUGCUUGCUACGUUUUUUUUCGUCAAGUCAAAGACAUUCGAUGUCACCAAUUUCGUCGUAUGGAAUAGCAGAUUUUAGUAAAAUUUCGUCAAGAACUUUAAUGAUUUAUUCUGUAUACUUUUUAUUGCUUCCUAGUUACAGUGUUGGUCAAUAUUAGUAAAUAAAAUAUUGGCCGACACUCUAAAAUGUAUCCAAGCAGCGUCCUGUACUCGAACCAAAUUCUUUUGCAGUCUAUUCGUCAUUCUUAUCCCAACCAAAUUUCACAUAAAAUGUGAUUGUUACAGGCUGACAGUCAGCUGAUAAAACCAUUUAUUAUGAACAUUUCACCAAUUAAA